CCUUUUUCAUCCUAUUUUCUUGGUCCCUGCUUCCAUUACUCCCACCCCCUUAAGUGCCUUCAUUCCAUCUGGGAAAGCAGCAUUCACCGGAUCCGCUGCUGUUGCUAUCCUACCAACUCCUCCCCCGCAGCCAGGCUGAUAUUCCCUUGGAACCCCAAUUCAUUUAUCGGCGAUUUCCUCGUUUGACCUCGUGUGUGUUGCUUCCAUUGUCUGGAUUUGUCGCAACAAGCCGUCGCAUACCACGCCGAAAAUCGAAGACCUGGGAAGUUCCUGGUUUGAAUCAACACUCGACCCGCGAAUAACACCAACUUGGUCAAGAGCUAGUCCAAUGCGAGUUCUUUGACAAGGGUGUUACCUUUAUAUCUCCAUCCUCGGUUCUAUAACUUCAAUCUUGACGCCAUCUUUAAAUACCUCCCAUAUGUCUCUCCCGAUCCUCUCAACGAAGCCGUAUCUCCCCGCCCUUCACCCGAUCACUCCUACUAUAGCUCCUUCCUCGCGGACUGAAGGCUCGCUCAGUGCAAGGAAACGACCUCUUGAGGCUAUUUCGGAAGUUCCUGAUUACACCUGGACUGCUCCCUUCCGGGACGGUCUGCCUACCCCUCCGAACGAUAUGAAUAGCGUCACUGCUUGCAGCGCUCUGCCAGCGUCUUCCUAUGGUGGCAAGCUCGAUGGAUUUCAGCUUCCACCCUAUUCCAAGGUGUCUGACUAUACGCGCAUGCCUUCUGAUGUGUCGAAUGGAGCGGUCUCCUCGUCCCAGCCGCAAUAUCAAGCGCCGGCUAAGGAUACCAUGACCUCCGAACGAGAGUCUCAGAAGAAGAGCAGCUCCAAUGGUGUUGCGUCGUAUCUUCAGAUUCCUCCGUCUAUCAGCAACAGCAAAGGAAGCCUGGCUGAAUUUGCAGCACAGAUGACGUGCCUUUUCUGGUUCGAAAGUACAGCGAAACUGAAGGCCGUGGAGGACCGUCUCAAGCCGGCCACUUCGCUUGCACCAGAAGCAGUUCCCGCUGUUGCGUUCCAAAAGUGGGUGACAAAUAUCCUGUCAACUACGCAGGUUAGCCAGAACGUCAUCUUACUGGCACUGCUCUUCGUCUACCGGUUGAAGAAGUUCAACCCUGGUGUGCGGGGAAAGAAGGGUAGCGAGUAUCGGCUGAUGACCAUCGCGCUGAUGCUGGGCAAUAAAUUCCUCGAUGAUAACACAUACACGAACAAGACCUGGGCAGAGGUCUCCGGGAUCACAGUCCAAGAGAUCCACAUUAUGGAAGUGGAGUUCCUAAGCAACAUUCGCUAUAAUCUUUUCGUGUCCAAAGAAGAAUGGAACGAGUGGCACGCCAAACUCGGGCUUUUCUCGAACUACUUUAACAACGCACCUCGAGCUAUUGAGAAGAACGAGAAACACCCUACUCCGCCAGUCCUCAAUGUGUCUCCCACUUUGGUGCCAUCACCUCGGGCACAUUUACCAUCACCUUCGACAAAGUUGCCGUCGCCUCCCGCAUCCGAUCCCCUCCGGACGCAGCCCUGGGCUUUGCCUAUGAACACUUUGCCAUACACUGGCGCACCUCAGCUCCCAAGCGACCUGCCACCGGCCACUAGCUCUCGGAAGCGGUCCCGUGAAGAGCCACUGGAGGAGCCUACAGCGAAGAGGACAGCCAUGCCCAACAACAUACUCACAUCCAUGCCGUCACUUCCACCGUCAUCGGCCCUCACAAGCAUUCCGGCCUUGCCUCCGGUUCUAGCGUCCUCCAGUGUCCCCCCUCACCUUCCGGCCAUGUCAGAACCGGUCUCGCGACUCCCCCGGCCCAACUUCCCGUCUCACAGUCUUCCCCCUACCAUGCCGACGUCUUUGUCUCAACUUCCCCCUUCCGGUCGAGUCAUGCCCCCGGUCUACAACCCUUCUGCCAAUUGGGUUCCACAGAUGCCACCUGCGACGUCGGUUCCUACUACUGCCGUUGCACCUUUGGCCAACGGACUGUACAACACGUCCAUCUCACUGCCCGACCCCAGCAGACACCACAACAGUCCGUUCACAGUGACAUCAGGCACAAUCUCGCCUGCAGUUUCUGCGUACUCCGUCCACACUCCUCAAAACCACCUCUCCCCUUCCUUCUUUUUGGCAAACCGAAACUCGCCUUACCGACCGGUUCGCAGUGUCAACACGUUGUUGAUUCCGCCCCCGUCGGCGUCUCUGCAGCAGCGCAGUAACAUCCCGUUCGAGCACAUGCACUACCAGCCGCUUGGCAAAAACGAACGCAGGACGGGUGUGCUGCCAUAUGCGCAGUCUGAGGCUUGGCCGCAGGGACCUUUCCCGCAACCGAUCUUCCACGCCACACUGAACUAUUAGAUGACUUGCCGUUAUCGAAAGAGCUUUUUUACGACUAGAUUUUACGAUGAUAUACGAGAAGAAGUUCGCAUUCU